CCGUAUCUGCGUGGAAGAAGGAAAAAAAGUUGCCCGUCGGGAGUAAAAAGUUUUUCUUUUUGUUUCAGUCUGCUGAAAAAGAAAAAAUCAGCAGCGUUAAAUCGCAGAAUAGAAAUAUCGUUACAGAUAUCAUUGUGAGACAGGGUUCAAAUGCUCGGGAUGUCCGCGAAUAGCGUGUCGUAUAAUGACCAGGGGUCGGUGGAGUCCGGCGUGGACGCGGUGCAGGAGAGCAUCCCCACAACCACAAACCUUGGGCUCUUCAGUGCAGAAUUUAAGAAGAAUGAUGAUCUGAAGGAGAUGCUGGAGAGCAACAAGGAGUCUCUGAAACUAGAUGCCAUGAGGAGAGUCGUGGAGCUCAUUGCGAAGGGAAAAAACGCAUCCCAUCUUUUCCCAGCGGUGGUGAAGAAUGUUGCCAGUAAAAACAUCGAGCUAAAGAAGCUUGUGUACGUGUACCUCGUUCGCUACGCCGAAGAGCAACAGGAUCUUGCCCUUCUGUCAAUCAGCACCUUCCAGCGGGCCCUCAAGGAGCCAAAUCAGUUAAUCAGAGCGAGCGCCCUCCGGGUUCUCUCCAGCAUCAGAGUUCCCAUCAUUGUUCCCAUCAUGAUGUUGGCCAUCAAAGAGGCGGCCACUGACCUUUCACCCUACGUGCGGAAAACUGCCGCUCACGCCAUACAGAAACUCUACAGUCUGGACCCUGACCAAAAGGAACUGCUGAUUGAAGUGAUCGAGAAACUCCUGAAAGACAAAAGCACGCUGGUGGCAGGAAGUGUAGUGAUGGCCUUCGAGGAGGUGUGUCCGGACCGGAUCGAUCUGAUCCAUAAGAACUAUCGGAAGCUGUGUAACCUGCUGGUGGACGUGGAGGAGUGGGGUCAGGUCGUCAUCAUACACAUGCUGACACGCUACGCCAGGACGCAGUUUGUCAGCCCGUGGAGAGAUGAUGCUGUGUUUGAUGAGAACAGUGAGAAGGCCUUUUAUGAUUCAGAGGAAGAGAAGAGAAAGGACCAGUCCAAACCUUACAUCAUGGACCCCGACCACAGACUCCUGCUGAGAAACACCAAACCACUGUUACAGAGCAGAAACACUGCCGUUGUGAUGGCAGUGGCUCAGCUCUACUGGCAUUUGGCUCCAAAACAUGAAGUCAGUAUUGUCACCAAAUCUCUGGUGAGACUUCUGAGGAGUCACAGGGAGGUUCAGUACAUCGUGUUGCAGAACAUCGCCACCAUGUCCAUUCAAAGGAAGGGAAUGUUUGAGCCCUUCAUGAAGAGCUUCUAUGUGAGAUCAACAGAUGCCACGCACAUCAAAACACUGAAGUUGGAGAUUUUGACUAACCUGGCCAACGAAGCAAACAUCUCCACCAUACUGAGAGAGUUCCAGACGUAUGUAAAGAGUCAAGAUAAAGCUUUCGCUGCGGCCACCAUCCAGGCCAUUGGUAGAUGUGCCACAAACAUCUCCGAGGUGACGGACAGCUGCCUCAACGGUCUCGUACUGCUGCUGUCCAACAGAGACGAAACCGUGGUCGCAGAGAGUGUCGUGGUGAUCAAGAAACUCCUGCAGACUCAGCCGUCGCAGCACAGUGACAUCAUCAAGCACAUGGCCAAACUUUUCGACAACAUCACCGUCCCCAUGGCGAGAGCCAGCAUUCUGUGGCUGAUGGGUGAAUACUGCGAACAUGUGCCUAAAAUCGCCCCCGACGUCUUGAGAAAGAUGGCCAAGAGUUUCACCAGUGAGGAGGACAUUGUCAAACUCCAGACGGUCAACUUGGCUGCCAAACUGUACCUGACCAACUCCAAACAGACUAAGUUGCUGACUCAGUACAUUUUAAACUUGGGCAAGUAUGAUCAGAAUUAUGACAUCAGAGACCGAACACGCUUCAUUCGUCAGCUGAUCGUUCCGAACGAGAAGAGCGGAGCCUUGAGCAAAUAUGCUCGCCGCAUCCUGAUGGCGUCCAAACCGGCUCCCGUCCUACAGUCGGCAUUCAAAGAUCGGGACCGUUUUCAGCUCGGCACGCUGUCUCAUACUCUCAAUGCUACCGCCACCGGGUAUCUGGAGCUCUCUGAUUGGCCGGCGGUUGCUCCCGACCAAUCAGUAAGAAAUGUAGAGGUGGUGGAACCGGUGAAGGAAACUGGAGCACCUGCACUCAGUAAAUCCAAACCUGGCAAGUCAGAAAAGAAGUUUUAUUCUGAUUCUGAACAGGAGGAGGAACAGGAGGAAGGCAGCAGUAGUGAGGACAGCAGCAGCAGCAGCGAAGAAUCAGGAAGUGAAUCUGAGAGCGAGGAGGACAGCGAAGAAUCCACCAAGAGCUCCAGUCAAUCAGAGAACAGCUCCAGCGAAUCAGAUUCCGACAAGAAGAAGAAAACGCAGCGAAACAAAAAACUACAACAGCAGAAGUCGGCAAGCAAAUACAGGAGUGCUGUAAAGGUGGAAACCAAAUCAGGAAGUGAAUCCGGCUCGGAGAGUUCUUUGUCAGAGAACUCCUCUGAAUCCGGAUCGGGGUCAGAACCGGAGUCAGAUUCAGACUCGGGAACCGAUCAGAAGACGAAAGCAAAGCAUAAGCCUGUCAAAUCCAAACCAGUUACAAAGGUUGAUCAGAAGGAGGUUUCUCUCCUCGAUCUGGACGACUUUUCUCCUGCACCGUUGACCACACCCAAGCGCUCCAUUCUCUCUCCGAGCUUACUGUCUGACCUCCAGGGUCUCUCCAUCGCAACCUCUGCAUCCGCCUUACAGGCCAGUUCUCCCGUGUUUGUGCCGGAAACCUCCCAUGAGCUCCUCCACAGGAUGACGGGUAAAGGUCUGUCCGCCCAGUACCGCUUCACCCGGCAGCCUUGUAUCUAUGGCAACAACAUGGUAUCCCUGCAGCUGACGCUAAGCAACAGUGGUGACCAAGCCCUGGAGAACAUCCACAUCUCAGAGCGGAGUUCCACCGGACAGGACAUCCAUCGCUUUAACACGAUCGAGCGUUUGGAGCCGCAGGCAUCCGUAACUGUGUCCAUGGGCGCGGACUUCAAUGAUUCCACACAGGCAGCCAACUUCCAGCUCUGUACAAAAGAAGAUGAAUUUAGUGUGUCCAUCCAGCCUGCUGUGGGAGAACUACUGCUGCCCGUCACCAUGAGUGAACCGGACUUCACCAAAGAGCAAAGUAAGCUGGUGGGCAUGAAUGAGUCGUCGGCAACCAUCUCCAUGGCGCCAGACAACGCCUCAAGCCAGUCGAUAAACAGGAAGGUGGUGUCUGUUGCCAACCUGGGCGUGGUAACGUCUGAUCAGGACACCAUACACAGGUUUGCUGGCAAGACGGUGAGUUCAGGUUCUCUGGUGCUGGUUUCGGUCACCCUGCGGGAUUCAGAUGCUCUCAUCACGAUUAACACGGAGAAAACCGUCAUUGCUUCAAUGUUACUGCGACAGUUAAAAACAGCCCUGAUGAACAGUGCCACCUAGAAACUCACAGCGCGGAGAGCUAGAGGUCUCAAACACUGAGACGGAUAAAUGCCAUUAUAUAGAUGUAGCGUGCUCCUUUUGGCUUAGAAUGACGCCUUACAGUUUUCUGUCUGGGGAAGAUAUCCUGGAGUCGGACAUUUUUAUAUCUCUGAGAAUUCCUCUACCAAAUUUGCUCUCAGUUUCUUCUCUUCUAGGGAAAGAUGGCUGUCCUGCUAAUCUGUAAUACUUUUCAAACUCAUACUGACAGUAUAUAGAUAGUCAUAUUGUCAAAAGCAUAUAAAAAGUUGCCAAAUUUUCUGCAUAUCUGCUGGUGUCUGUCCAUCUGGUCGAAUGAAGAAAGAUUUUAUCUUGUUUUUCUGAAUAUUUACAGUAUGUGAAGUGCCUUUAUAAGCCCAAGUGCCCGACCUGCUCUCCUAGUGAGUCGCAGGUCUCUCACGGUUGCCAACUUCAAGAAUAAAUAAAAUCCUAUGGAAACUA